AUACUUUGUGCACCACAACAAGUGGACUAAUAUAGAGACUAAUGUAAGUGCCCUAUAUAGUAGGUGUAUCUAACAAAUCAGCAUGUUAACCAGUAAGCGUAAAAAUAUACAAAAGGCUACACAGAUAAGUUUGAGUUCACGUGAAUAGAAACCGAAACUACUUCAGGAAUUAGUUUUUCUCGACAUGAAUCCGCAGGUUGUGCUCGCCCUGGGUGGACCCGGAGCUGGAAAAGGCACCCAGUGCUCCAAAAUUGCUGAGCACUACGGCUAUACACACCUGUCUGCUGGUGAUCUGUUGAGAAAAGAGCGCAUCCGAACAGACUCUGAGUUCAGCCAGAUCAUCGACAGCUGCUUUAAGAGGGGAGAGUUCGCCCCUGUGGAGAUCACCGUCACCUUACUGAGAAAGGCAAUGGAGGAGACCAUGAAGACAGACGAGAACAAGUUCCGCUUCCUUAUCGAUGGCUUCCCUCCAAACGAGGAUAACCUACAAGGCUGGAUGAAGGUCAUGGACAAAGCAGAUGUUAAAUUCAUCCUUUUUUUUGACUGUAGUAAUGAAGUUUGCAUCAACAGGUGCCUAAAAAGAGGGAAGAGCAGUGGAAGGGAGGAUGACAACAAAGAAAGCUUGGAGAAAAGGAUCCAGAUGUACAUGCAGUCCACACGACCAAUCAUAGAGCAGUACAAGCAGCAGGGAAAAGUGCGCACUAUUGAUGCCUCACGCUCCAUCAAUGAGGUCUUCGCCGACGUGAAGUCAGUCUUCGACAGAGAGGGUUGAAACUGCUGACUCCGCCCUGAAUGAAGUUCCCUAAUGUCAGUGACUCUAUGAUUAAUUUAUUGACAUGUAUCUUUUUAUCCAUUUAUGUGUAUUCUUUGUGUGUUUAAGAGCAUAUUUGUGUGUGUGUGUGUGUGUGUGUUUAAGGGGGACUUUGAGUCCAUUCUCUCUUAAUAUUGCCUGAGAGGAACAAUAUUCCUGUAGAGCAAUAGAGUCCAAAGCACAAUAGAGUUAAAACACAUUUUCCACUGGAAUUGUAUUUAGUACUCUUAGUACUCUUAGUUUAAUAAUAUUCAGCAUUUUAACUGUGGUCAUAUGUAUAUGAAUGCACAUGUUUAUAUCACUGAUUAUUACUAUUAACUAUGGAAAAUUGGUCAGAGAAAACAUUUACUUCAAGUUAUUGUUUCUAAAAGUGGUUCUACAUGUUACUGAUUUAUAAGGUGUACUUAUUUUUUUUUGGAAAAAACAUGACUACAUAAUGAAAUCUGUUGCGUUUUUUUUUUUUUUUUUGUCACCUGAGGUUAUUUUUUUGCUGUUGUUGGUAAGGACCACACAGUUGUUAUUCAGUCCCUGAUACCUAAAAACAUAGAAUUGAAGGAGGGUGCACUUUCUUUUUCCCAUGCCUGUAAGUAUCAUAUAAAGCACUUUAUUAGCGAUUGGAGAACUGAUUCAAACAUGGUGACACCCCAUGGUACUGUUUCACUAGUGGUUCCUCAAUGGUGGUAUAAAUUUAAUUUGCUUCCUGGUGGAAAACAAAGCAAAAUAAAACUUGACAUGCAUCAUAUUACAGGAUCAACAUAUCACAUUUCCAGUGCCCCUGCAAGAGGCCACUACAUUUUGGUCGUUUUGUGUACUACAAAUAACCUAAGAUGUAUGACAAAUUUAAAUAAUGUUACAAAAAAAAUUACGCUUUUUCAUGAAAACGUCUACAGCUUCUACUUCUACAGCUUCAGGUCAGCUUUACUCACAUAUGGGUGGUGUGAAAUGAUAAUAUUUAAUUUAAAAUUUGAAAUGAUGAUCUUUCCUUCAGUUCAGUUUUCUUCCAGAAUGAAGAAAACACAGCUUGUCCUCUUGGUCAUGCUUCUUAAGGGUCCUAAAUUCAUGUAAAAGUUAAUGAACGACAUUAAUCACUUCAUCUCAGGGUUUGUCAGCCCUGAACAUACCUGGAACAGCUCAUUAAGAGCUUAAUAAUAAUAAAAAUAAUAAUAAUAAUAAUAAUAAUAAUAAUAAUGGGACAUGGUGGCUUGACACCUCUUGGGUUGGGGUUUCGAAUCCCGCCUCAGCCCUGCGUGUGUGGAGUUUGCAUGUUCUCCCUGUGCUUCAGGGGUUUCCUCCCCCAGUCCUAAGACAUGCGUUGUAGGCUGAUUGGCAUCUCUAAAUUGUCUGUAGUGUGUGAAUGUGUUAGUGUGUGUACGGUUGUUUUAAAACCAGCCAAUUAAAUCAAUUGCUUAAAUUCUUCCAUGAAAUCUAUCGCUGCCUUGUGAUUAUUAAAAUAGCAUUACAGGAGACUUUGCACUGUUUGUUAUAAACAAACCCAAAAAACCCAAAAAGGAGCUACAUAUAUACAUGCAUAGACAAAUAAAAAAUUUUCCACUUUCCUGUAUUAAUAUUUUUGUAGCCUACUUGCACUUAUCUUUCAUAAAAUUAUAAAAUUUAUAGAAGAUUCCUGCCGAUUUAAUCUGAUAAGCAAACACACAUCUUAACAUUCUCAGCUGAACUGGCUCUGAAUCAUUAUGCUGUGACAAACGACUCCGAUGAUUCACCGGAUGCUUUUUGGAUCACUGUAUGUAAUUAAUGGCAUUAGCAAAUCGUGAAUAUAAAUAUAUAUCUAUUCCCAAUCUAAUUUUUUUUUAUUUAAAAAAUAGCUCUUCAGAAUUGUGAUGGCUCCCAACUUUCAACUAAAAGAGCCGAAUCAAAGAGUUGACUCAUUCGUGAACGACACAUCUCUAGAAACUAAGUGAACAAAGCAAAGUUAAAUCACUCAGCAGUGUUUAAAUUGACUUAUUAAUAUUAUCUAUUUUAAUAAUUUUAUAAAGCAACAUUACUACUAUACGCUUCAGGAAUAAAUUAUAUUCUUUCUAUAAAUAGA